AUGAGGGAUUAUAAUGAUAUUGAUGAUAAAGGAGAUUUGAAAAAAAAAAAUAACAAUGAAAGCAAAGAUAAAAAAGUACAAAUAUAUUUGCUCAAUAUAUUGUUAUUCAAAGGAACUAGCGAUUAA